AGAAGGAAACAAAGAAAAGAGAGAGAAGAAGUAAGUAAUAAAGGAAAGAAGGAACGAAAAAGAGAGUCAGAAAGAGAAAAAAGAAAGAAGAUGAGAGUUGAGAGAAGGAGUUAA